CCGUCACUCCGUCGAAUGAGUCCCUGUGACUCGUGCCUUUCAGGCCAUGCUCCCAACCGUUGAGCCUCGCACUUCAACACUAUAGCAACCCCUCCUCGCGGUGGCCGCAGCGCCGAACAACUAGAAACUCUUCGAAUCUUUAAUCAAUUGAUCAAUUAGUCCAGAUUCGGAAGCUAAUCUUCUCAACAUUUGAGCGAGGAAAUUGCGUCCUCUUGUACAGAGAAGAAUGAGGGCAGGGAAAGGGAAUCAGGAGGACGAUGAGUACGAGGAGGAGGAGUUCGGUUCUAAAAAGGAAGGUCCUUCGUCUACGCCUAAUAGCAAUAACACCGGCAAAGAUACAAAAGCUAUUGAUAAAGCUAGUGCUAUAAGAUCGAAACAUUCAGUUACUGAGCAGCGAAGGCGGAGCAAGAUAAAUGAGAGAUUCCAGAUAUUAAGAGAUCUCAUACCUCAUAGUGAUCAAAAGAGGGAUACUGCAUCAUUCCUAUUAGAGGUCAUUGAGUAUGUCCAGUACUUACAAGAGAAGGUGCAAAAGUAUGAAGGUUCAUAUCAGGGUUGGGGUCAAGAGCCCACAAAGUUGAUGCCUUGGAGAAACAGUCACUGGCGUGUUCAAGGCUAUGGCCAACAUCAAGCUGUGAAGAAUGGUUCUGGUCCUGUGUCACCUUUUCCCGGGAAGUUUGAUGAAAGCAACAUUAGUGUCUCUCCCACUGUGCUCAGUGGCUCCCAAAAUACGAUCGACCCUGAACAGAGCAGGGAUAUUAUCAGUAAAACAGUGGAGAGGCAAGCUGAGUUAGAAUGCAAGGCAGUACCUCUUCCAAUGCCUAUGCAUGCAAACAUGUCUGUUCCUGUCAGAAGCGAUGGUGCACUAGCCCAUCCUCUUCAGGGGCCUGUUUCUGAUGGGCAAUCAGCUGAAUGUCCAGCCAAUAGUGAACCUCAGAACCAACAGGAAGAGCUGACAAUUGAGGGAGGAACAAUCAACAUCUCAAGUGUAUACUCUCAAGGGCUGUUACACAACCUGACUCAAGCGCUACAGAGUGCUGGUUUAGAUCUCUCACAGGCUAGCAUUUCUGUUCAAAUUAAUCUUGGUAAGCGGGCAAACAAAGGACUUGGCUGUGGGACAUCUACUUCUAUGAAUCAUGAUAAUAUGCCAUCUAGCAAUCAAGCAAUGGCACAAUUUAGAGAUGCAGGCAACGGAGAAGACACAGAUCAAGCUCAGAAGAGGCUGAAAACGUAGAGAAUGAUUUAUGAGCCUAUAUUUCAUCCAGAAUUCCCCUAGCUUCUUUCUGACAUGGCAUAUCUGUCGAGGUUACUGUACAUCCUUCCUUUGGGUUUGUGGAUUUUCACCCAUUCAUGAAGUUCCUUUUAGAACUACAAGCCUUAGAACUCACUAUUAUUGGUGGGGAUAUUGAGGUUUCUUAUGGUGUAGGUAUGCCAUCUGUUUUCUAGAUUGAUUGGUACAUAUAAUUAAUUCAUCACUGUUAUUGAGCUUUCGGGGUGGGAAUUUUAUCAAUCUGUUAGGUCCUUGCUACGUACGGUUAAGGGAGACUCCUUGUAAUGCAGUCUUUCAUAAACUCUGCAGUGAAGGCGGAGGGAGUGGAUUUAAUUUCAGAGGAUGUCAUUUGGUAAUAAUCUUAAUUAUGCCCUACAACUUUUCAAGCGA